UAUGGCUUCCUCCUAUUCAUAUCCUGAAUUAUUUUUGGCGGGUUUUAUAUUUACUUUGCCCUUUCUAUACGAAAAAAGUAAUGUUUUUCGAUAUUAUUUAAAGUUUUUCCUUUAUUAUGCAUUCGUAUUGAUAACUUGCACUGUUUUGUUACCAGUAGUGUUAUUAUAUCCUCGCGAUGUUACAAACCUAAUCGUUGCUUCCAGAUUUUGUCGUUAUGCGUCGUAUAUAGUUGGAAUAGAAUGGGAGUUGCGGGGAUUGGAACAUUGGGAUAAUGAAGAAUGCUACAUUGUAAUAUCCAACCACCAGAGCUCUUUAGAUAUAUUAGGCAUGUUUGAGAUGUGGCCACGUAUGAAACGCUGUACAGUAGUAGCGAAGAGACCUUUAAUGUUUGCUGGGUCCUUUGGCUUUGGUGCUUGGCUAUCAGGGCUGGUGUUUAUAGAUCGUCUAAAAACUGAUAAAGCUCGAAAACUCAUGAGAGAAGCUACAGACCGAGUCAUACAGGAAAAGACUAAGUUGUGGGUAUUUCCUGAAGGAGCAAGAUUUAAUAAAGGCAGUAUACAGCCUUUUAAGAAAGGUGCUUUUUACCUAGCUAUUGAUGCACAGAUUCCUAUAAUGCCUGUUGUCUUUAGUCAAUAUUAUUUUCUUGACAGUGAGACCAAGACAUUUGAACCAGGAAAAGUAGUAAUUACUACAUUACCUCCUAUAUCAACAAAGGGAAUGACCCGUGAUGAUCUGGAAACUCUGUCAGACAUGGCUCGCCAGCAAAUGAUUGAAGUCUUCAAUGAGAGCUCUAAGGAUCUUGUUAUGCAGAGAAAAAUCGCUCUAUAAUUUGGAACCAAAAUUAAGUAUCACUUGCAUUGCUAGUCCAAAGAAACCAAAGUUAUGUUAAAAAAUACUGAAUCUCUAAUUUACAUAAUUUUAGGUUAUUGUUGUAAGCUGAUGUGUUAGAGGCAUAUUGGAACACCUCAAUCCACAAGGAUAUUUAGUUGUUAUUAUUUAUUUGACUUUUAAAAUAGUUGUCAGUGAAUUCAAAUUAUGUACAUUAAUACUGAGAACUAUUGUAAUGUGAUCGAGCUUAUGAGCUCUAAGUACUUAGAUUUUCUAAGACCUACUAUAAUAGUCACAUACCCAUGCCACAUUUACCUACCUAUUAGAUAAGAGAGGGAUUGAAAAGAAGCUAUAAAUAAAAACUUUUAUUAUAAGAUUAAAUUAUUUAUUUGGCUAAGCCAAUAAAUCUUAUUGUUUGGGCUGUGUCUAAAGUUAGGUAGUAAGUGUCUUGAAUUGUGAGGUUGUGAGUUGGCGUGUUUUGGACUUUUGCAUAUUUAUAUUGUCUGGUUAUAAUAUUGGAUGCCAAGAAUGUUAUCUGUUCAUCAAUACUGACUGUCUGAUAAUAUUCCAUGCAAUAUAAAUGCAGAAAUGUUUGAUUUUCAAUCGUUUUCUACAACAGAUCCACUCAGGCCCAGGAAUCAGAAUUCAGAAUUUAUUGAAAUAGUGAAACACAAAGAUUAAUUUUCACUAACAAGAAAAUGGCACCCGGUAGGGUAGGAUAGAAUUGCGAUACCUACUUAAAUUAUAUAAACUGUAUAUACUUUGUUAAAGAUAUUAAAACAAAUUAUUUCUUAGUUGGAAUUUACUUUCUCUUAAAUAAUGGAUGGAUCUCAUACACUUAUAACUUAUUUUUAUAUUGUGUUAUAGUAAACUGUGUUAAGUUUCUCAGUAAUCUGGAUGUAUCUUAAUUGUUAUUGCAAUUGUGAAACACACCUGAUGUGACAUGUUGUACUUUAGUCCAUCUAGUCUACUACUUCCAGAUAUGGUCAUGCCAUGAGUUUUUGUAUACUUCCUUUAUUUUAUUGUAUUGCUCUUUUUGAUUAGCGUAUAAUAUUCGUUUUGUAAACAAUGCAUACCUACUAUAUGUAUAUGAAAAGUAACAUAAUAGUGCAUGUCCACUAUACAUAGGUACUACGUACAAUAGCAAUAUUUAUAAAAACCAGCAUUACAAGUACAAGGUCAUAUUUCUUGUUACAAUUUGCCGAUAGUGUAUAUUGUACAUUUAAUAUUAUUUUACAUAAGUAUAUUGAACAGAGAAUCUCAUAGCUUGUAGCAUUUUUUGCGAAACUUAAGAAAUAAAUAAUAAAAAGGA